AUGUAUGCUGCCUGGAAGGAUUCACCCGGCCCAAUGAAUGCUUGCCAGCACUGCAGCGUCUCCAUCUCGCUGCUCAGGCGCGUCCCAUCUUUCCUGAACGCAAAACGCAUUACCUCAUAUCGCUCCACUGAAUAUCGAAACACCACAAAGUCGCUAAGCAAGUCGCUUCUCUAUGCUCCGUCUGCUUCAUUUACCUCCCGUGCAAGACGGAUGCGAUCGCGCAAUAUGUAA